AUGUUGGUACUUCCAGUUGUCGCAGCACUAGCGCUCCUAGCGGCAAAGACGCACAGCUGGCCUGAGUUCCGGUUCCAGCCCCAGCAACUAAUAUUGUUUCUCAUUUUCCGUAGCGUGGCCACAGCGGACCCAAAAUGUCGGGCCACAAGACAUUUAAGAUCAAGCAAAAGCUUGCAAAGAAGUUGAAGCAAAAUAGGCCCAUUCCCCAGUGGAUUCGUAUGCGGACAGGCAACACAAUCAGAUACAACGCCAAGAGGCGUCACUGGAGGAGAACCAAGCUGAAGCUGUAAGCUGAUGGCGCUUGUUUUGCCCGCAUCCAUACCUUUUUGUAUGCUGUCAUCAUGUGGUGUCAUUAAAUUCUAAUUAUACUUCA